CUCCUGCUUUCUCCUCAGGUCGCUCCUCGGUGAAACACAGGGAUUGGGGUGGGAGUUUCGAGCUUUUUCUACCCCCAGUGUGGAGUUGAAGCCGUCCCCGCGCCUCGCAUAGACACUCUGCAUAUCACAGGAUUUGGUCUCUCCUCUCCUCUCUCUUGUGCGGAGCUGCUGCAGGACUGGCUAUGGCCACCGCUACUUCCGGGAUCCGUCAUUUCAUUCGCCCACCGCUCAGCGCUGCGAACUGACUCUGUUUCUAUAAGCAAGCCAGCAGCCAACCUGCCAACACUCGCUGACACUCACUCAUCUCAGUCUCGCCAAGAUAGACGAAAUACCUACGGGGGAAAAGAAAAGGAGAGAUCCGAAUCGCACUCUCUUAAUUUCUACACCUUUUUUUCCCCCUCUUCUACUUCUUCUUCUUUUUCUUCUUCUUUUUUUGCGCUGAUAAUAAAACAAGAUAGCGAUCUGGAGGCAUUAAAGGAGACGCGGACUUGCGGGAUGAAAACGGACUAAAAAAGAUUCGUCCUGCUCUUGAACAUCAUCACCAACCGUCAUUCAUUCAUUACCUUGACAACCUCUGGCUUUGAUUGACAGCUGGAGUGGCAAAAAGCCAUGAGACACGACAGUUUAGUUACAUGCAGGUUGUUGAUGGGCCGAUUGUAACCUUCACUUUGGCGCAUUUUUUUCUUUUCUUUUUCUUUUUUUCGAGGAAAGAAGGAAAACAAGAAAAAAAAAUUGCUGCAAAAACUUCCCGAUGCGACGGUUUGAACUGAACCACAGUGGCGAAUAGGAGAAUUCGCACAAAAAGUUGGUUGAAAGAGGGGAAUCUUGCCACUAAAUCACUUUCCGAUCUGGGAUAUUAAACGUAUACGGACAGAUUCGGGAGUUUAUUGGAGCGCAGCCUGAUGGCGCAAAGGUACGAUGAGCUGGCCCAUUAUGGUGGGAUGGACGGAGUCCCGGCGUCCAUGUACGGGGACCCGCAUGCGCCCCGGCCGCUUCCCCAGGUCCACCACCUGAACCACGGACCGCCGCUCCACGCCAGCCAGCACUACGGAGCCCACGCUCCCCACCCUAACGUUAUGCCCACCAGCAUGGGCUCCGCUGUCAACGACGUUUUAAAGAGAGACAAAGAUCAAAUUUACGGUCACCCUUUAUUCCCACUGCUCGCACUGGUUUUCGAGAAGUGCGAGUUGGCGACGUGUACUCCGAGGGAGCCCGGCGUUGCGGGAGGCGACGUCUGCUCCUCAGACUCCUUCAACGAGGACAUCGCAGUCUUUGCCAAACAGGUCCGAGCAGAAAAGCCUUUAUUUUCAUCAAAUCCAGAGUUGGAUAAUUUGAUGAUACAAGCCAUACAAGUAUUACGGUUUCACCUCUUGGAGCUAGAAAAGGUGCAUGAGCUGUGCGACAAUUUUUGCCACCGGUACAUCAGCUGUUUGAAAGGAAAAAUGCCAAUAGAUCUAGUGAUUGAUGAGCGGGAUGGCAGCUCGAAGUCAGAUCAUGAAGAACUUUCGGGAUCGUCGACUAAUCUCGCAGAUCACAACCCAGCUUCCUGGAGAGACCACGAUGACGCCACCUCCACACACUCAGCUGGCACACCGGGGCCCUCCAGCGGGGGACACGCUUCACAGAGCGGUGACAACAGCAGUGAGCAAGGAGAUGGCUUAGACAACAGCGUUGCAUCGCCCGGCACAGGAGACGACGAUGAUCCAGACAAGGAUAAGAAGAGGCAGAAAAAGCGUGGCAUUUUCCCCAAGGUGGCCACAAACAUCAUGAGGGCGUGGCUGUUCCAGCACCUCACGCAUCCAUACCCCUCUGAAGAGCAGAAGAAGCAGCUAGCCCAAGACACGGGCCUCACCAUCUUACAAGUAAACAACUGGUGAGUUAAGAUUUCCGCCUUCCCUAUCUCCGCCAACA